UUAGCACUGAGCUGAGUCAGGGCUGUGCCAGGGGCUGCGACCUGUGCUCCGAGUUCAACGGGUGCCUGAGGUGUUCCCCCAAACUCUUCAUCCUUCUGGAGAGGAAUGACAUCCGGCAAAUCGGGAUUUGCCUGCCGUCCUGUCCACUGGGAUACUUUGGCCUUCGCAAUACAGACAUGAACAAGUGCAUCAAAUGCAAAAUUGAGAACUGUGAGUCCUGUUUCAGUCGAAACUUUUGCACAAAAUGUAAGGAAGGUUUGUAUUUGCACAAAGGGAGGUGUUACGUCACGUGCCCCGAAGGCUACUCUGCUGCCAACGGCACCAUGGAGUGCAGCAGCCCUGCACAAUGUGAAAUGAGUGAGUGGGGACCCUGGGGGCCCUGCUCCAAGAAGAGGAAGCUCUGCGGCUUCAAGAAGGGCAAUGAAGACCGAACGCGGCGGAUUCUGCAGGCUCCCUCCGGAGAUGUGUCCCUGUGUCCUGCCACCACAGAGGUGCGGCGAUGCACGGUGCAGAAGAGCCAGUGCCCCGAAGGGAAAAGGAAGAAAAAGGAAGAGCAAGGAAAGCAAGAUAAUGCAAAUGGGAACAGAAAUCGGAAAGACACCAAAGACACGAAGUCUGGCACCAAGAAGAGAAAGAGCAAACAGAGGGGGGCCGCGGCGCCCGCCGCCUCCGCCAGCCCUGCCCCGUAG